AGACAGCCAACUAUAUUGAAAUUCAAGUGACGUUGUCCUGUAUGUUACAGAGAACAGGAGUCUGAGUACUGUGUAGACAGUGAAGCAAGUGUCUGUGACUGUAUACAGCAGUGUCGCUAUGUCAUUCGAAGUACGAGAAGCGAAAUCCAGCGACUGUGAAGUCAUUCUCAGUCUCAUCAAAGAACUGGCAAUUUAUGAAAAGUAUGCCGAUAAAGUGAAUAUAACAGAAGAAGUUCUUAGAAAUGAUGGUUUUGGAGAAGAAACAUUUUAUCACUGUUUUGUUGCUGAUGCAGAUGUUCCACUGGAGACAGAUGUUUGUGAAGAACAUGUGAAAAAAGUAAUAGCGUAUGCUAUAUAUUAUUUUACCUACAGUACAUGGGAUGGUAGAAUGAUUUUUAUAGAAGAUAUUUAUGUCACACCAGAACACAGAGGGAAAGGAAUAGGAACAGCACUCCUGAAAAAUAUUAUUGAAAUUGAGCUAGAAAAAUGUAAAUUUGCUGAUAUAAUGUCAAAGCGGGCUAUGUAUUUCCUAGCAGUCGACAGAUUAUUUGAACUCAGCGAGCUGACACCUAUAGAUCUAUCAAGUAAGGGCAACAGAGGUUUUUACCAUAAGCUUGGUGAUGGUGACUUGGAGCUGAUCGAAACUUUGAAAAGAUUACAACCAUCUAUAACGUAUCGUGCUAUUGCAGACCAUAUCAAUGAGCAUGGUGAAGUUGUAGAAAAUGUUUCGAUCACUACUAUUGCGCGGACAGUUCGAACCCGAUUGUCAGGCGGCCGAUGGACUUACAAAACACUAACACCGGUAGCCUUGGAGAAAUUCACGGACGCUAACAUAGCAUAUUGCGAUGAAUAUGUAAAUUUUCUGCACACCCAAGACCCAAAUACAAUUCAGUUUUUUGAUGAAGCUGGCAUCAAAUUGAGCAACAACGUCCGCCCACUGACUCGUAGGCCAGUUUUAGAAUACGGUAAUUUCAUCGUUGUUGACAACCAUCCGACUCACCGGAAUGAUGGAGGUCGGCAUUUGGGUGCAUGGCUCGAUUCAAUGGGUAUAUAUCUUGUCUACACACCGUAUUACUCCCCCGAGCUAAACCCGGUCGAAUUUGUAUUUGGGAAACUUAAGAAAACACUUUCAAGUCCAGAAUAUAACGCGCUAGCCAGAAUUGAUCUUCACCUUGCCAUACUGGAAGCAUUACGAAAAAUCAAACCAUCCGAUGUGCUGGGAUAUUACCGAGCUGUUGGGUUCUUAAAUAUCAAUGCUGACGCUUAG